UUCAUUUCCUGAGAACUGCAUUGAGCAGCUGAGGGAGAGCCUGUAUGUGUGUAUGUGUGUGAGAAAGGCACAGACAGGGGAUUCUCUAUAAGGCACAAGAAACCCUCUGCUCUGCAGCUUCUAUCAGAACAGACACCUCUGAAAGCAGAAUGUUAAUGCUGGACGGGAUGCCGGCAGUAAGAGUCAAAACAGAGCUGUUGGAAUCUGAACAAGGGUCCCCAAAAGUCCACAACUAUCCAGACAUGGAAGCUGUUCCUCUCCUGCUGAACAGUGUGAAGGCAGAACCUCCUGAGGAUUUGUUAUCCACGGAUCAUUUUCAAACACAAACUGAGCCAGUGGACUUGUCUAUAAACAAAGCCCGAACGUCUCCUAGAGGUGUAACAUCCUCUCCUGUUUCUAUUACAGCAUCUGCCCCUUCACCUUCUUCAACCUCUUCCUCUUCAUCGAGCCGUCCAGCAUCAUCCCCCACAGUAAUAACAUCUGUAUCUUCAAUGGCAUCAGUGCCAACAGUAUUAACUCCAGGCCCUCUUGUGGCUUCUGCAUCUGGUGUUGGAGGACAACAAUUUUUGCACAUUAUUCACCCAGUACCACCUACAAGCCCCAUGAACUUACAGUCUAACAAACUGAGUCAUGUGCACCGUAUUCCUGUUGUUGUUCAAUCAGUUCCUGUUGUUUACACAGCUGUGAGGUCACCUGGAAGUAUGAAUUCUACUAUAGUAGUACCUCUUUUGGAAGAUGGAAGGAACCAUCUUAAAGCACAUAUGGAUCCCAGAGGCCUGUCACCUAGGCAAAUAAAAAGUGACAGCGACGAUGAUGACCUGCCAAAUGUGACCUUAGAUAGUGUUAAUGAAACCGGAUCUACAGCCCUAUCUAUAGCAAGAGCCGUCCAAGAUUCAGUAUCACCGUUCAGUAUUGAGAGCACAAGGCGUCAGAGAAGUUCAGAAUCUCCAGACUCCCGAAGACGAAGAAUACAUAGGUGUGAUUUUGAAGGCUGCAACAAGGUCUACACAAAAAGUUCUCACCUGAAGGCACACAGAAGAACGCACACAGGAGAAAAACCCUACAUGUGUACGUGGGAAGGAUGUACCUGGAAGUUUGCUCGCUCAGAUGAACUGACACGGCAUUACCGCAAACACACAGGAGUCAAGCCAUUUAAAUGUGCUGACUGUGAUCGCAGCUUUUCCCGUUCAGACCAUCUAGCACUUCAUCGGCGACGGCACAUGUUGGUUUAAAUCUGCAAUGAGUUCAAUAGCGUAAGAGCUGGGUCUCUUAUCCAAAAUAAAUUCAGCAGGACUGAAUCACAUCCACAGUGUUACAUACUGUAAGUAGGAUGUCCCACCAUGUCCAAAGUGAAAUAACAAACAGGAAAUGAUGUGCCAUGCUUCUCAAUUUUUUUGAACUAUAAACAAUAGGCAUGGAUAAUUCAUUAAAUAUUCACACCCUAGAAUACAAUAUAGAGGCAUUCAUAAAAAGGAAACAGGCACUUUUUAUGCCCUGACAUGCAUAGUUUUAAAUAGGAUUUAUUGUACAUUUCAAUUACAUUUGGACGGAUGUUUUUCAAGAAGUUCUCCUAAUUUUCAAAUACUGUAUAAAUAGUUUGCAAGAUCUCUGAAAUUUAAAUUGAAAGCACAUUUUUCCAUUGGAAAAUGUUUUUUUAAGUGACAGAAAAGAAAAAAAAGAGCCCUUUUAUGUGCUAUCAAGUGCAGGAAAAUAUUCAGGAAGAAGUGACCGUCAACCUAGCAUCAACACAGCGGAAAAAAGCAGUGUUUUGGGAUUUUGCAAUAACCUCUGUAAUGGUUUGAAUUUACCCAUAAUUUCCAUGAAUUUGUGUGGUGCAGGGAAAUACCUUAACUUUUGACAUAAACACAUUAUUUAACUUGAUGUCUGUGAACGUAUAUGGGACGGUAGUGAAGUACUGUAUGUGGUUUGUGAAUUGACUCAGCCUUGCCUAAUGUUUUGUUGUUUUUUUUUCAGAAAAAAAUAUCUAUUUGUCUUGAACUCCCCGAACCACUAUUAAUGCACACUUUCUCAUUAUCAUAUUGGACACUUAGACAGUUAAGAGGUGUUUUUUUUUUUUUUUUUAAAUAUACCAGUCAGUGGCAAUGUAUGGCUCUCCAAAAUGGAGAGAACGUAGCUUAAUCGGAGCACAAAACCACUGCACUUCUUGCUGCUAAAGAGCAAUAAUGACUUUCCUAUAAGGAUUUACUAUACUGAUCAAGUACAUAGAUUACAUUUUUUUACCAUAUCACAGGAGGCCUUUGUCAAAACGUGUUGAAUUUCCUAUACGGAUUAUAUUAAUUAUGACAUAUCUUUCCUUUUACAUAACAAAUUUAAAAAGUCUGCACAAGGGAAACAUGUUUGUGUGUAAAUUAAGCACGGCAUUGGUUGUAUUCAUAUUAAGAAACUAAGUGUUAGAAUUGUCUUGUAAGGUGAACGGUUUUGUCUGAAAGGAAAGGGAACUUUCACCAGCUUUUAUUCAUAAAGCAAUUUCAGAUCUACCCCCUCCUCACUGUUUACACUAUACAUUUCAAAUAAGAAUUCUAAAUGAUCUUACAGCAGUUUUUAUUUAAUUUAUUGCUAAUGUCAUUGUUCAUCCCACUUCCUUUUAUAUUCCCUUUAAAAAAAGCAAUAUAUUGGAUGUUCAGAAAUAAUAAUGAUAUAAAAAACAACAGUAACAGUGUUAUUUAGAAAACCUUUUUGAAUGCAUGUAUUUAUAUGCAUUGUGAUUUGCAGAAUAAAGUGUAAUUUCCUAGAUAAUUGUAUGAAAAUACCAAUGACCAUAUUUUUAUACUAUUUAAUCAAAAUGGCCAGUAAAAUGUUAAACGCAUACAAUGCAAUACUAAAGAAAAUAAUUAUUGUAAUAUCAUAGAUAUAUUUUCAAGCACAUUGCUUACUGUCAUAACUGUUGCAACUUUAUAUGUAUUAUUUAAUACCUUAAAUUAUAUCAUACUUAACUGAACAGGAAAUUGACAAUUUUACAUAACAAUUAAAGAGUUGUAGAUAUAAAAAAUAAGUUUUAACUUCAGUAUUAGAUAAAUCAUUAUUAUACAUUUCUGUGAUUUACCUUUUGUUAAAUAUUUUCUUUCCACAGUGUCUUUGUUUAAUUUUUCUAUUAGAUGUAUGCAACAGUACACGUUGAAGUUCAGAAAACUUAAAAAUAGUUUUUAAGCAAAGGUACGUUGUCUUAGUAAUGUUAAAAGGCUUAAAGGGAUAUAAAACCCACAUUUUCUCUUUCAUGAUUCAGAUAGAGCAUACAAUUUUAAGCAACUUUCUAAAUGUAGCUACCAAUCAGCAAGAGCUAACCAUGAUGCUGAACCAAAAAUGGGCCGGCUCCUAAGCUUAUAUUCCUACUUUUUCAAAUAAAGAUUCCAACAGAAUGAAGAAAAUUUGAUAAUAGGAGUAAAUUAGAACGUUGCUUAAAAUUGCAUGCUCUAUCUGAAUCAUGAAAGAAAAAAUGUGGGUUUAAUAUCCCUUUAAAUAUGUAUUAUUAUGUUUUACUUUUUUGCACA